AUGAAGGACGCAGAGGUGUUACUCGAACGCGGGGCAAACGUCGCUUUUUUCUCCUGGUCCAAGGGAUUCUGUAAGUUAUCUUUUUAUGUAUAAGGAGAAAAACAGCAAGUUUUGUAAUCAAUAACUGGUGACUGUAACUUUAGCGUUUGGCUUGAAAGCGUGUGCCUUAAUCCUGGUAUCGACCCUUGGCUACGUUCAUUUAUCGAGUCUUUCUUCCAAAGGAAUUGAACUAAUCAGACACGAUGAUCACACUGACUUCUCCACUACUUCAACAGACCAAGAUAGAGAGUAUAAUAAUACGAUCAUAGUGAUUACACCCACUUAUAAGAGACCCGAACGAUUAGCCGACAUUACUAUGUGAGUCUGGGCGAUAUAUGUAUUAUUCACAAGGUUAUUCAUAUUUGAGUGCCAAUUAGACAUGAAGCUCGCAUCUAGAAUCAAAAAAUAAGGAAAUGCAAAUUAAUUUGCAGGUUAUCUCAGACUCUGAUGCAUAUCCCCAACGUAUUCUGGUUGGUAAUUGAAGAUGGAGACUACAAAGUGGAGAAAGUGGAGAAUGUCCUCAAGAGGACAGGCCUCAGGUAUGCUUAUGUCAACACGACGAAUCAAGGACUUCCUUGUAAGUUUUUGAUUAAAACCUUUACCUCCCUGCAGGCCGAGGCUGGGCCCAUCGUAAUUAUGCCUUUGAUUGGAUCCGGGCGAAUCGAAAGCAUUUCAAAUCCAACGAUGUCGUGUUCUUCGGCGAUGAUGACAACGCUUAUGACCUCCGGCUGUUCCGAGAUUACAUUCCCAAUGUAAAAGUGAUGGGUGCUUGGGCUGUGGGUGAGUGUUUCAACCGGAUGAUCCCCAUGUAUAAUAUGAUUGCACAGUCUGUACGUUUGUUCUUUUAGGCACAUCGGGAUCAACCCUAGUGGAGAGUCCAAAGGUUAAUAAAGAGGGGAAACUGGCCGGAUGGCAUGUCAUGUUCAGACCGGACAGGAAAUACGCCACUGACAUGGCCGGAUUCGCACUCAAUAUUGAUGUGUUGAUCAACUCAAAGUAACAAUUCAUGUCUUUGCUUAUAACAACAGUGGUUUAGUGCCUCCUUUAAUCUGCACUGUGCCGGCAGUGUCCCAGAAGAAUGUUUUCUUCGUCAAGUCAACGUUCCUUGGAGUAACAUUCAAGUUUUUGGCUAUGAUCAAGAUGAUGUUCUAAUAUGGCACAGGAAAACGGCGGCCGGCCAAUACGACGAGAACUUCCCUCACAAUGGAUACUUCACCGAAACUCUGAAGAUACAACCGAAGUCGUGCCAGAGGAUGCAGCCAAUCAAUCACAUUUCAUACGAAGAAGCCCUCAGGCUGUUCAAUAAGGGUGACAAUUAA